UAUAAUAGUUACCACUUGCUUAAGACAUAGAUUUACUUUUUCUCAGUAAUAGUAAAUUACGGUGGUGAGUGGAGGUCUCUGGUGAGUGACUGACCAGCCGAUCGUAGAAGAAGAAGAAGGAAGAUAGGUGGAGGACUUAGAAGUUUGCGAAUCAAUUAAUAGAGUGCGCAAUUAAUGGAGAAUCAUUCAGACAGUGAGAGAACAGAGAUUUGGAGCGACGAUUGGGAUUCUCCUCCUCCUUCUCCUCCUGCUCCUGCGGUGGAAGGCACUAGAAAGGAGAGAGGUUCCACGUCUUGUAAAUUACAGUGCGCGCAAACAAUGGAGGAUCAUUUAGACACUGAGAGUACAGAGAUUUUGGGCGAUUGGGAUUCUCCCCCUCCUGCUACGGUGGAAGGCACUAGAAAGGAGACAGGAGGUUCCACCUCUUGUGCUGCUAGAGUAGGAGGCAGGGUGCUGCCACCGUGGGCUCACCCAUCGUACGAAUGGGGUGGUGGGAAAUGGAAAGUGGACGGAAGAAAAAUCAGAAAGAAGAAAGGGAAAGAGACAGCGAAAGAGAAAGAGAAAGAGAAAGAGAAAGACAAAGACAAAGACACAGACAAAGACAAAGAGAAAGAGAAAGAGAAAGAAAAAGAGAGCCUGAGGAGCCUUGAGGAUCUCAUGAAUGAGUAUUCUUCUCUACCUCCUCAAAUCGCUGAAUGGUAUUGGUGUAUCGAAUACGUUGCCAAAUUCCACAAGGACCUUCCCUGCAUACUCGAUUUGAUGAACAUGGGUUAUCCCUCCACAAAUGACUAUGGUAGCAGGAUUAACGAGAUCUUGUCUCUUAGAAUCUUGGAGUUCUUGUUUGAUCCUACCAAGAACAUUGAUUCCACUGCUACUGUCGGUCCAAGAAUUGAGUUUGAUUUCUCCUUGACCAACACCCAUGUCCUCCAUGCCAUUCUCAAACAUAUGAACAUGCCGGAGCUGCCAAAUUUGUUCUCAAUUUGCACUGUAGUAUCGGAAUUACGACCGGGCAUGCAGGAGCUGUCAAACUUCAAUCUUCUUCCUUUUAUUGCUCACAAGAACAUGUCUUUGCCACUAUGUGCACUUGAGAAGCUGAGAGAUGUUAUUGCAAUGGAGAAUAAUCGUACAAGUGCUGCAGCUUCUCCUCCUACUGUGGACCCUGUUUAUUAUAGAGAUGAUCAUCAACCAGAGCAGCAAACGCAUACUGGUUUAGAGCUAACCAAUAAGGAUGAAGUAGUUGUCAUGGACGAAGAUGAUCAUCAAACAGAGCAGCAAGCGCAUACUGGUUUAGAGCUAACCGAUAAGGAUGAAGUAGUUGUCAUGGACGAAGAUGAUCAUCAACCAGAGAAGCAAGUGCAUACUGGUUUAGAGCAAACCAAUAAGGAUGAAGUAGUUGUCAUGGACGACGAUGAUCAUCAACAUCAUCAACCAGAGCAGCACGUGCAUACUGGUUUAGAGCAAACCAAUAAGGAUAAAGUAGUUGUCCUCGAAGACGAUGAUCAUCAACCAGAGCAGCAAGCGCAUACUGGUUUAGAGCAAACCGAUAAGGAUGAAGUAAUUGUCAUCGACAACGAUCAGGUGCAGACUACUGAGGGAGAUGAAGUAAUUGUGACCGAUGGCAAUCACACUAGUGCUCAACAACAACCACCCAUUAGCAACAACUGUAGGGAAACCUCUUCUUCAAGCUCGGAUGUGCGUGUAAAAUGUACAAAAGAUGGAGCCUGGUUAAUCUGUGGGAGCGAUGAUGACUUAGAUACAGACUUGGUCAACAACAUUCCACCGAGACCGGAGAACGACGACUUGUGCUGGAAAUGUAAAAGACAAGGAGGAUCCUCGUUGUUGUUGACGUGCAGCAGAAGCGAGUGUGCAACAAAAGUUCAUAAAGAAUGCUUGGAUGGUGAGGUUCACUUUGACGAACACGACAACCUUCUCUGCCCUUUUUGCUGCUAUGAUCGAAUGGCCAUGGAGUACCAUGAAUGUCGGAAGUUGUUGCGUUGUGCAAAGAAAAGACUACUGAAGUUUUUACCGUUGCUUUCUAGAGCAAGCAAGAGACUGAAAGAUGAUGGAACGUCUUGUUAAUUGUUAAAUAUGUGGGUAAUUAGAUAACAGGGGAAAUCUUUGUAUGCUGAUGCAAAUCUUUUGGUAUUAAUGUAUUUUGGAUCUACUAAACUUAAUCAGACAUAAUUUUAUGUU